GCGAUAUUUACUACUAAUUUUGCAUGUAGAGUCCAGUAUGCCAAGCCACAAAUUCAAGGAAUCUAGUUCCCUAGCAGAUUCUACUGAAAACGACAGAAUUGAAGGGCGUUCGGUAUCCUCAAGUAAACUACCUGCUCGUCACAAUGGACCUUCCUUUACUGGCAAUCCAUUCAGUCUCUUGUAUUUACUACCUUCAUUAAAAGUUCUGAAAGUGGGUGCAAAGGCCAAGCUGAACUACAACAACUAUUUUAAAUUGAGAAAAAAAGACUCCGUCAGAUCUCUAUGUAAAGAUUUCGAUAGACUAUGGGAAGAACAGCUCGAAUCUAAAGAGCCUUCCUUGUUUGCAGUCUUAGAAAAGAUUUGUAUAGUAGACUUUAUCCUCUGCAUGUUAUUACUUGUCAUCAAUGCCGCUCUGCAAUAUAAUCUACCCCUCUUACUGCCCUAUGUGAUUGAUUGGCUUAUGAGCAACAAUGUGCCUACCUGGUGGAUGUAUUUGUACUCCGGAACGAUUUUUCUUGCUAACUGUAGUGCAUCGAUUGCUAGCCAACAUGCUCAACUACAAGCAUGGCGUCUUGGUCUUCGAAUCCGGUCUUGCCUUGUCGGUGCAAUAUACAAAAAAGCGUUAAAAGUUCGACCGAACCGUUAUCAGACCUCUGGUAUGAUAGUUAACUACAUGUCUACUGACUGUCAAAUCAUUUUGGACACGUUUAGCUUUUUCUUGCAAGGAUGCAUAUCACCGGCUCAAAUUGCUAUUACAGUUGGUCUGUUAUCUAUGCAAAUAGGUCCAUUUUCUGCAAUUUCUCUUGGAUUGUCAAUUUUGAUACUCCCCUUGACAGGUUUCGUUACCAAGAAAUUGAUAGACGCGCGACAUACAAUUCAAAAGGCUGUUGACAUCAGGAUAAAACUGGUAAAGGAGUUUCUAUUUGCAAUAAGGAUUAUCAAAUAUUACGCUUGGGAAAAACCCUUCUCUCGCAACAUAGCAGAAGCACGAGAAAUAGAAAUCAUACGUCUUAAAAAAAUGUUCACUACCCGAUUGGCUCUGAUAUUCCUUUUGUUUAACGUACCAGGAUUUGGAGUCGGAUUCACGUUCUUUUUCUACGGACUUGGUCAUACGCUGGAAUUAAGAAACGUUUUCACAUCAUUGGCUCUACUGAAUCUUCUACGUGUCCCAUUUAUGUUGUUGCCUAUAUCCUUGACAUUUUUUGGUCAGUACACAGUCUCCCUUAGGCGUAUCCAAAAAUUUCUACUUCAACCAGAGUUAAGGCAAGUUGUAAAUUCGGACGAAAUCAAAAUUGGUAGCAUGUUGAUUACGAAUGGGGAUUUUUCUUGGGAAACGAAAGAAGACAUUGAGAUGGAACAAAGGAAUGAACAUAAAAUUCGAAAAGAAGAAUCAAAAAUUGAAAGACAAAGGAAAAGGGCAAUCAAGCACUUAGAUAAAGGAACUGAACAAAGUGAACAAAAAACAGUCACUAGUGAAAGAAGGGAAAGCGGCCAUGAUCGAAAAGUAGUCUCUGUGUUAUCAAACAUAAAUUUGAAGGUUGAUCCUGGAACACUGACUAUGAUUGUAGGAUCUGUUGGAUCAGGAAAAUCUAGUUUAGUCGGCGCGCUUUUGCACGAAUUAAGUCUAAAUUCCGGAACGGUACUGGUAAAUGGUAGUAUUGCUUACGCAGCUCAGGAUUCAUGGAUCUUCAACGGAACAAUCCGCGAAAAUGUACUUUUUGGGAAGCCAUUUGACCAAACUUGGUACGAAGAAGUGAUUAAUGCUAGUACUCUUUCAGUAGAUUUAAAACUUUUCCCUACUUCGGAUAUGACUGAAAUUGGUGAGCGCGGUACAAAUCUAAGUGGUGGCCAACGUCAGCGUAUCUCUAUAGCUCGUGCUAUGUACAGUCGCUCUGAUAUUGUAAUCUUGGACGACCCUCUUUCUGCUGUAGAUCCUCAUGUUGCUGAACUUCUGUUUAAAAACGUGAUCUUAGCUAUGCAUCAGGCCAAUCGAACUGUGUUUUUGGUAACAAACCAGUUAUACUUUCUGCCGCAUGCUGAUCACAUAGUGCUGAUGAAAAAAGGUAGGAUUGUCGAUCAAGGUACUUAUCGAUACCUGCUCACGGAAUCCAAGGAAUUUAUAAAGUUACAGAAGUCUACGAAAAUCCAAGUAGAACCAGAAGGAUCAGAGCAUGGUGUCGAUUACGAAGUGCAAGAACAAAUCGAAAAGUUGAAACAUGCUCAAAAGACCAAGGAGUUUAAAGUUGAUCCGAAAAAAGACGAAGAGAAUAAAAGGAAGGGAUUACUGGUUCAGGAAGAACAUACAGAAGAGGGAGGUGUUAGCUUCGAAACAUUGAAAUCUCACAUUUUAAUGGGUGGCGUAAUAUGUUUCAUAACGGCAAUCUUCUUUCUAGCACUUUCAACGGCAUCCAGGACGUACGGAUCGAUUUGGCUUUCGGAUUGGGCGAAUCCGCUUAAAAAUGACUACACUAAAGAGCAAUAUCUAGGAGUUUAUAUGGGUCUGGUUUUGGGAGAGUCAAUCAUGUCACUUGGUUUUUCUUUUUUCAUUAUCGUCUUUACAAUAUCGGUAUCAAGAAAAGUACAUCAUGGACUUUUCCAUUCUAUAUCAAGAGCACCUGUUUCUUGGUAUGACUCAACACCAAUUGGCCGUAUCUUGACACGAUUCUCAAACGAUAUCAAUAUUAUCGACACCCUGUUAACUCAACAAAUUGAGCAAAUGCUUAACAUCUUUUUCCAACUGCUUGGUAUCAUCAUAAAUAUCUGUAUCGGUACACCGCUUGUGUCUGUCAUAGUGGUGAUUGCAGGGUUCCUAUUUGUUUUCGUCAUUGGAUUUUAUCGAAGAACGUCAAUCCAAAUCCAACGCCAAGAAGCCAUCACUCGUUCGCCGAUUUUCGUGAACUUUACGGAGUCUCUAGACGGCGCAGCGACUAUUCGCGCCUACAAAUUGAACAAAGAGUUUGAAGAACUCAACAAGUCUAAAGUCGAAUUGAAUGUUCUCACAUUUUUGACUCUUCGUUAUUGCGCCCAUUGGUUCGGACUGACCUUGGAUUUCUUAGGAAACAUUGUUGUAUUACUGACCUUUUUAACGGUUGGAAUCAUUCGCAUAUACAUACCUGGCUUUUCUGAUAUAGGUUUUAUGACAAAUGCACUGUCAAGCUCUGGUAGUAUUACUCAAACUCUGGCCCAAUUUUCGCUGCUCAUAGCCGAUGUGGAAACAAAGUUGAAUUCCAUAGAGCGCGUUUUAGAAUAUAUGAAGCUACCAGAAGAACCUCCAGAUUCUAUAGAAGAAACAAAGCCAAGCGAUUCUUGGCCUCACGAAGGGCACAUCAUGUUUGACAACGUAUCACUUGAAUACACCAAGGGUGUACCUGUGUUAAACAAUAUCAGUCUCGAAAUUAAGCCAUGUGAAAAAAUAGGCAUUGUUGGUCGUACUGGUGCUGGAAAAACCACCUUAGUUACAGCAUUGUUCCGAAUUACAGAAUUAUCUAAUGGGCGUAUAAUAAUAGACGGUGUUGACAUUUCCAGUCUCGGGGUCCACGAUCUACGAAGUAAACUUUCUAUCAUUCCACAGACUCCAACUAUGUUCACAGGAACUCUAAGAUACAACUUGGACCCACUAAACCAGUACACCGAUGAAGAAAUUUGGCGCGCACUUAAAUUGGUCAAGCUCGAUCACUAUGUCAAAACACUAGAUGGCGGGCUGUUCUCGUUCGUAGAUGAAAAUGGGUCAAACUUUUCAGCUGGGCAACGCCAAUUGCUUAGCAUGGAAAGAUGCAUACUCAGAAAUGCCAAAGUUUUGCUACUUGAUGAGGCCACUGCAGCAGUCGAUACGAACACGGACGCUCAGAUUCAGAAAAUGAUUCGUAAACUUUUCAAGGACGUCACCGUUUUAACGAUUGCUCACAGACUCGAUACAAUUAUGGACAAUGAUCGAAUAUUAGUACUGGACAGAGGAAAAGUCGUUGAAUUCGAUAAGCCCUCUGUACUACUUAAAAAUCCAGCAGGAUACUUAUAUAAUAUGGUAGAAGCUACCGGACCAGAGACAAGUCAAUAUUUGAGAGAUAUCGCAAACGGCGAAAAAUCUGUGGUAGAGUCAAUCAAGGCAAUUCAAAAAUUGAAAAAAAGAAAGUAGAGUUUAUGCGAAACACAGAGGAAGGGAAUGUCCUGUUUCCGUCUAACUAGCUCGCUACAUCCGAAUCAUGUCUGGGCAGAAUGACUUUCAACAGCUAUCCUCUAUUUGAAAACUAAACCUAACUCCGGUAGAUGUUUUGCUUGUUUUGUAAGCAUUGUAUUGUUUUGUCUGGUAAUUCAAACAAGCUUGAUAUAAUAUUUUUUUAAAGCAUUUGACUUCGCUCAGUUAAUAAAUAACGUCAACAGUUUACAAAUGCUUCUUUAGUCUCAAGCUAGGAAGAUUUGUAUCGAAAAUAUGAGUUGUUCAAUGGGGUAGGCGUACAAAAAUGUUAGAGAUGCCUUGACAUAGUCUGCUGGCCACUGUGCGCUCAUUUUUUCAUUACCAAUACUUUACAAUACAACUAAAAUAUUCCUCAACUAUUUGAUGGCCCUAUACCCCUGCGACAACAUUUAAUGAAAGGUGAAUAAACGACAAUAUUUAAAACUGUUGUUGAAUUUGUCUGUUUCACAUUUUAGUAGAUAAGCUAAGAGAAGCGGAACUCUGUCACAAGAUGAGGCCCUUUAUGUACAGAAAAACGGUUCAUUUUUUAAAUAAACACACGAUAGUUGAAAAACAGUUUUCAUUGAAUAGGCAGGAACUAACUGGAUGAAUGGCUGUCGGAUACUCACAACUCAAAAUUACCCAGAUACCAUGUGAAUACCAAGAAAAUGUGUUUUUUCAGGUUUAUAGAUUGCUGAUUGUAUGAAUGCCCCCCUGCCGCUUCGAAAUCAAAAAACAGUUUCAACAAGUAGUGUUGAUAAGUGAACAAAUUAACCUUUGUUCAAGUAAUUACUGUGCCACUACUAGAAAUCGCAACGGUAGCAAUUGCGUCUUUGUCGUUGACAUCCACAUUCUGAAUAGGCCUCCUAUAAAUUAAAACGUCCUUCAAUUGAAUAGUCGAAUGCAAUUGAAGGACAUAUAUACUCUGAAGCUAGGGUAUUGAUUGUGAAUAAAUCAGCCCCAGUACAAACAGUGUAUUGCACUGUAUCACAAGACGUUAGUGAUAACAGUGAGAUCAUGAGACUAACUGUAACAAGAAUUUUUCAAAAUAAACGUAAAUUGCUAACGUCAAAUAAGAAA